GGGACCUUCGAGAAAGACAUCGUCGAAGGUGCGAGCGAGCUGCUACGACGCCACGAAAAAGAAAGCAAAAAUCCUGCGGAGCCUGUGUCAAGGCUAAAGUCGGCUGCGACCAAGUGCAACCUUGUUGUUCUCGCUCCUAUCUUGACUCUUAAUCAGGUGGAACAUCAUGGUGGAUUGAAUACUACUCGAACCCUCGAAUCAGGCAUAGACUCUCACCAGGUUGAAGACAUGGGUUAUGAGGACACAAAUGGUGUCGCUUUUCAACCUACCGAGAAUCUGCAAUGGAUCGAAGACCCCCUAGAAGCCGUUUCCGGAAUUGCUGAAGAGAAUUUAUAUCUUGUCUCCCAUCCGGGUGUGAGUAAAGGACACAGCGGUUCUGGAAUAAACUUGCUGGAAUCUUUCGGGAUACCGUCGACUGGCGGUUUACCCCAACAGAGCCAAACGACUGGUGAUUCUCGAUUUGAGAGCUUCACCUGGUAUCCCCCCUUGAAUUGGGACGAACUUCCUGAUAUUGAAGAGGAAAUAAGCACAGCUUUGAGAGCGGAAACAGAAAUUGAGGAGCCAGGUAGGCCGAAUCUUGCCCUCAGUAGGCUGCCGGGUCCCGAUUCUUCUGCUGGAAUCUUUGUUACCGGGCAUUUUGAAGACUUGGGAAAUGACGAGAACUGGAUGGAAUAUAUCUACGAAUUCCCUCAGAUGAUGCUCAAGGCUGGAACAUACCCGCCUUUUGUUCAUCCAAGUGUUUACCGUUGUUCCGAAGGAGAGGUCACCGCGCCUUUGGCAAUAGCAUUCUGCUGUUUAGGCUCGUAUAAUGCCGCAAUGCGCAGCAGUGAGAAGUUUGCAUAUUCAAUGAUCAACCAAGAACGCGAGAAAUUGAUCAAAGAUUUUAUGACGAGAUACUUGGCGCGGACUCAGACCACCAAAAUUCUCUGUUCUCCGCAAGAAACAUGGGAAUCAUGGGCUCUUUCAGAGACGAUUCGUCGCACAAUCUUGCUUGUUAAUAGUAUCAACUCCUUAUCAUGCAGGGUUGGGAGGCAGGACCCUCGUUUAUUCGAAUCUCUAGACGAUGAACUUGUCUUUCAAUCACCUCUGCCCGCAGCUAUUGACAUAUGGAGAGCCAAGACAGCCAACGAAUGGACCUCCAAGAAACUAUCAAUGAGCGUCAAAGCAGCCGCAAGAGAGAAGCUAGAAAUUGGCACAGCGAUCGAGGGCCUAAGUCUUGGCGAAAUAGCUGGGUACUCAUAUGCUACAGACCCUGAUCAAUACUCGCGGAUGGUGCGCUUUAUCAGGGUCAUCAUCCUCAUCUAUUAA